AGUGAGAAGAGAGAAAGAGCAAUCGACGAUGAGCUUAUAAAAAAAAUGAACAAACAAACACACAGACACACAAACUAACGACGCCAUUUUCUUUCAGGAAUCCCUACCAAAUGCAUCGAAUAAAUUCAUCAAAUAAAUUUACCAUUUAUAAAUUUUUGUAUUCAAAUUUUUCUCCUGGAUCACUAUUACCAAAAUGGCUCGAAACUUAGCCUAAAUCGUACAUUCUACGACAACGAUGGAACCAUCAACGAUUCCAACACCAUCGCAACAAAGUCAAAAACGGCUACGGCAACAAAACCAAUCGUUCAUCUUAUUAUUCAUGAAUUUAACCUGAUUUUUAAACCAUAAAUCCAGUGCCCAAAUUUCAAGGGUCUAAACACCACAAAAAACAAAAAUUCGUUUCAUCAUGGCGUCUCUAAUAAUAAUCAGUUCUUCUUACUACCUUUCAACUAUAAUCAUACCAUCAUCAUCAUUAUUAUUAUCACAACAAUCAACUAGACAACAACAGUUAUCAUUAUUUGAAAUAUUAUCUCGUAAUAAUAAUCAAUAUUUAUUCGAAAAACAUCAAAAACAAAUAGCCGAUAUCGAAAAUGGAGUUCAAUUAUCAUCAGCAGCAGCAAUUCGAUCAUUUUGCAGCCAGCAGCAGCUAUGGCUGUUAUGCUGAGUAUGGUGAAUAUUCAUAUCAUCAUCAUCAUCAACCAGCUCAUCAACCACCAGCAGCAGCAGCAGAAAUACAGCCAAUUCAAUUUGUUUGUCAUGAAAACAAUUUACAAUUCAAACAAUCAUUAAGUAACGAAUAUGAAACCUAUCAAAGUAUACCAUCAUUAUCACCACAAUCACAAUCAUUGAGCUAUACCGAUAGUUAUUAUUAUCCAUCAUCAGCGGAACAUUCACCAUAUAAUGAAUCGGAAGAAUCAAACAGUCCAUUUGGCCAAAUCGAUAAUCUUGAUUCAAUAUUGAAUGAAAUUGCGAAUGCAGAAAAUAUCGAUGACAUUCUUUUGGCUAAAAAUGAAGAUGACCUUUAUAACCUGUUAGAAACUAGUGAACACGAAUGUGAUUCACAAAUCAUUAGCGUGAAUUCGGAAACAUCACCCAAACGAAAACUAUCCAUAGAUUCUAGUGGUUAUUCUUCAUUCGAAUAUGAUUCGGAAACAUUAUCACCAUCAAUUACCACCAUCACCACCGCUACUACUGCAACAUCUACAGAAACAAAAGAAAAGAAACGAAGAAAUCGUCGUUGUAAACAUACGAAAGAAGAACGGGCGUUACGUAAAAAAGAUCAAAAUAAAAAAGCAGCAAUAAAAUAUCGUGAAAAGAAAAAAGUAGAAACCGAAACAAUCGAACAGAUUGUUGAACAACUAGAACACAAACGAGAUGGAUUGAGCAUACAAUUCCGGAAAAUUGAAACCGAAUUCAACGUUAUAUUACCGUUGGCCAAAGCGGCAUUCCAGAUGGAUCCAAUUCGUGCACCAAAAUUACAGCAACUGCUCGCAAGGUUACAACAAAAUGGUUUCACAAUUAAUUAAUUGGUUAAAUUUAUUUCAUUUCAAACAUAUUGAAAAGAGGCUUAUAAAUUUGUUUUUCUCCAUUCAA